GUUUACAAUAUUCAGCUGCAGCUGCUCCAGUCCGUAAGCAGUCAGAGCCCAUUCGCCAGACUGCUUGUUGCUAUCAGAUCCAUUCUGACCCAAAGUGCAGCCGUCACUGGGUCUGAAUGACGUCUUUACAGCAGACAGCCGCUCCGCUCUUCCAGGUUUGAAUCCUGUGGUUAAACAUAAGAUGAAGAAGAAGGUCAUCAUUGAUCUGGACACUGGGGUGGAUGAUGCUAUGACCAUCAUGGUGGCCCUUGCUGACCCUAAUGUGGAGAUUUUGGCGAUCACCUGCUGCCAUGGCAACACACCCCUGGAGAACGUCCUCAAGAACACACUGCGUGUCCUCAAAGUCUGCAACAGACUGGACAUUCCAGUGUAUCGUGGGUGCUCAAAGCCUCUGCUGGCCCGUAAACAACAUGCAGGAGAUUACCACGGGAAAGAUGGGCUUGGGGAUGUUCCAGAUCCAGAUGCUCCAGGCCUGGAGCUGCUGCAGAAGGAGAAAGCUGUGCUGGCCAUGAUCAAGCUUGUGAAAGAGAAUCCUGGAGAGGUGAUACUUGUGGCCACCGCCCCCCUCACUAACCUGGCUGUCGCUGUGCAACUGGACCCUUCGUUUCCUAAAAAGCUGAAGGGGCUCUACAUCAUGGGAGGAAACAUGGAAUCCAGGGGAAACACCACAGUGUGUGGAGAGUUUAACUUUGUGGCUGACCCGGAGGCGGCUUACGUCGUGUUGGACCACUACACCUGCCCCACCUACAUCGCCACCUGGGAGUUCACCUGCAGGAACAGCCUGCCGUGGUCUUUCUGUGACACCUGGUUUGCUGAAAAUACUCCGAAAGCAGAGUUCAUGAGAACGAUUUCAUGUCUUUCAAGGAAGAAAGCUCAAUCAGCUGACUAUCAGAAGGAGACUACCACAGGAAAUGGUUUCAAUUCCUGUGACGUGUACGCCAUGGCUGCUGCCAUCGAUGAUACAUUCAUAACUGAGCAUGAAGAGGUUGUGGUGACAGUGGAGUUGGAGGGGACCUACACCCGAGGGAUGAUGGUCCUGGACUACAUUCAGAAGCUGAAGAAAGCCCAUAAGGCCAUCAUCAUGACGAAAGUUGACUUGGAGAAGUUAAAGCAAAUGUUGAUCAAUGCACUCAAAUAG